CUGUUGGACAGUAGAGACAGAAAGAGAGGAAAAGCAGGAAGACGGCUGACAGUGAAGCUCUCUGCAGAUUAUCACACACGAAGCAGUUAUGGAUCCUGAUGCUUAAAUCUUUAGAUGUUGGAAAUGAUGGCAGCUUCUAUUUGAAUGGGUGGAAGAGCUGCACAGAACAAAAACACCCAAACAACAAGAAAAGAAACAGAAAAUGAAUCAAACUACUACUUUUCCAUCAACUCCAAAUAUAAAACCUGAAUUCCCCGGAUACUAUGCCCUCAUCCCACUGAUAGUGCUCACAUUGAGCGGAUGUAUAGUGGCAUUGGUGUUUUAUAUCAGAAAGAGAAGAAGAAUGGAUGAGUUGCGGCACCGUCUGAUUCCGCUGUACACCUACGACCCGGCAGAAGCACAGGAAGACUGGGGAGAUUAUGACAACGAUACGGAGGAAGAUCUGGCUGAACCUUUGUGCAAGGAGUCACAGCUGUCGUUAACCUCUGACUACGGAUCAUAAUUUCAAGAAGGAGGAGCUCGAUUAAGAAACUGAAUCUAGACUAAUUUCAGUGCAAGGCACCGACUGGCAAUAAUGGAACAAUUAAAACCAACCUGAUGCAGCUUGAAUUGUUCUGUUCAACAAUGCAGUGAUUUGUUGUAUUGGCCACCAGGUGGCACUGUAGACAUUUUACCUUAAUGUUAUUUUUUUUGCUUGCAAUGCUGCACAAAAUGUUUUCUUUCACAGCACUGAAUACAAUUUAGUUUUAAAGGAAUAAACUGAAAGAUUAAAGCUGGUUUGAAAAGUUUGUUUAGCAACCAAUAGUUACCUGCAAUGGGUUUUUAAGACACACCUGUUUGUGAUUGGAUAUCAGUCAUAUUUUAAUUAGGGGAGGGAGG